AUGUUAGCAGCAAGAAUAAUUUUGACAAAGGAGAAGGAUAGUAACAAGCAUGGAUUAACUUCUGGUGCAAGGAAAUAUCGAUAUGCUUCUUCAAAUCUGAAAACAAUUGAAGAAGAAGUUUCUGAAGAAAAGCCGACUUCAGAUUGGCAGAAGUUGAAGGAAAUGAAGAUACAAGAGGUGAUGGCAAAGAGUGAGAAACACAGGAAAUCUGUCUACAUAAGCAGAGACUUGCAGAGGAAAUCAAGACCAAAGCGGAGUAACAAAGUCAGAGUUUGCUCUCCAAGAACAGCAUCAAGAGUUGAAAUCUGCAAAAUCAAAGCUCUCCAAGACAUGGCGAAAGCAAAAAAGGCAGCAAAGGAGAGAAAGGUGCAGCAGGUGAGAACAGGCUUGGAUAGCUUUGCAGUGGUGAAGUGCUCAUUCGACCCACAACAGGACUUCAGAGAUUCCAUGGUUGAGAUGAUUGUGGAGAAGAAGCUAACUCGGCCAGAUGAUCUUGAAGAGCUCUUAGCUUGUUACCUGACACUGAAUUCUGAUGAAUACCAUGAUCUCAUCAUCAAGGUAUUCCGGCAGGUGUGGUUUGAUUUGAAUCAAACCUAUUUUGGUAGUGAAUUACAGAAUGAUCAAUGUUGCAAUGACUGA